CUGUCCGGCCUUUCUUCAUUAAAAUAUUAUACCCCGACGUAUUCGUGGCCCGUGGAUGAGUACUGAACCCCAACAUUGCGGUUACACUUGCUGUUAUCAUUCGCGCCGCGACAAAUCGCGUGACGUUAUCACGGGCGAAGGAAGAAAGUGUUUGGUAUUUUACGAGUGACGAGAAAUUGUGAGUGCGUGACUUUUCUCCAGGUCCGGUGGUCAAGUAACCGGUACUUCUUCAAUAUCAAUAGGAGCACCAAGUGAGUUUCUUUAAGGUCGUGAAAUUUAAACACCUGAUAUCUUCAGUGAUCCUCAAAUGAGAGCACGGAUUGAGUGUCCAAAAUCAAGUGCCAGGACGUGUUCGACUAGAGAUCAGAAAACCUGUUAAAGGUUUCAGUGUUUUUUUCUUAGACCUUAGCUAAGGUCGAGGUCAGUGCGAAACCCUUGGUAGAUCCAAGAGAGGUGCUUCAGAUUAGUGAUCAAAUAGAGUGCGUUCCUGCAACCAAAGUGGACGCUCCGGGAUAUGAACCCAGGUACGACCUGGGGUUGCGUCGGGGUAGCUAAUAAAGUGUCUACCGGGGGCGCGGAAGAAGGUACGACGGAGAGGCAGGUUUUGGGUGCGAAAGUAGAAAGAAGGGUGCAAGAAAGUCCGGAGUGCGCGGACGAAGGUGAUGUGAGGCUGGCGCCCGCCUCACGUUUGGGGUGAUGCCCUCCAGUGAGCCCCAUCCCUCCCAGUACCACCUUCAGCAUCACAACAUUCCUCCCUCGCACCCACAGCAACAUCCAUCAAACGCAAUUGGGCAACAUCAGCUCUAUCAGCAGCUGGUGGCGGCCCAUCAUCAGCAGCAACACGGCGGGCCUUUUCAAAAUUCCACGUACGCGCAGCAAAAGCAAGAGAUGAGCCCGGAGGAGGAGGGGGGCCGAGGGGGUGGGUCCCCCCCAACAGCAGGGGCCGCUCUUCAUCAACCUCACCACCCCCGCACGGCGAGCCCACCCUCCGGCACGGAGCCAUGUACUCGAGACGCCAUUCCAACACCCACCGCGGACACUACAACCACCACAACCGCGAUCUCGAUUCAGCAAGGUCCCCAACAAGGUCCGAGUCCUAGCCCGAGUCCAACGGGUGGAGACGUUGAAAAAUUUGACGGGAAAAUUGUCUACAAUCCUGAUGGUUCGGCCUACAUCAUUGAAGGGGAGAGUGAGCUCAGUGAAGAUGAUUCCCUGCCCGAUGGGUGUAUAGUCGACGGGAGAGGAGUUGUACCACAUUCUUUGGUAUUUCCCCAAAUUGCUAGUGCGUACUAUGUAUCUAGACUUUAUGCUCAUCAAGCUUAUCAACAACAACAGCAGCAACAAAGAUCAUCGGCGUCGCAAAAUCCUGACCUCCCGGUAAUGCAUAGUUACCGAGUGAUCAGUUAUAGAAGUGCCGAAGGUAGCAAACAACCACCACCACAACCCGCCCUGCCACCAUCUCCUGCCUCUGUUCCUGUUAAACCUAUUUUGAUGUGUUUUAUAUGCAAACUGAGCUUUGGAUACGCCAAGAGUUUCGUCGCCCACGCUCAAGGCGAGCAUCAGUUGACACUGAUGGAGGACGAGAGACAAGUCUUGUCGCACUCGACUGCUUCUGCGAUUAUUCAGGCAGUUGGGAGAGGUAAACAGCCUCUUGUCAGCUUUUUGGAACCUGUAACUAGUUCUACUUGUACUACAACGCCUGUACAAACUCAAGGUCAGCAACAACGAAGUGAGUCAGUUGAACAGGAGGUAACCACUACUCCAGUUAGCACUCCCGGAAUAGCAAGUAGUCCGCAGCAGAGGCCAUCCCCAAGUACCCCAACGACUCCCACCUCUCAUUCGAAUCAUCCUAUCUAUAGUCAACAUCAGUGGCCUGGUGCUCAAGUAAGUGCCGCAUCUUGGGCCAAGGCGCCAGAUGCAAUGCAUUAUACCUCGCCACCACCAUCAGCAACGAAAGGUUCGCCAUCGUCCUACGCAGCUUUGACGCAGCAACCACCAAAUUUUCUCACUGGAACUACAAUUGGAGUUUGUCCCGAACACAUGCAGGGUAGACCUAGCGGCGUCGAGUGUCCCAAGUGCGAGCUCAUCCUGGCCAGUAGUCGAUUAGCUGUCCCAGGUGGACCUCUCGCUGGUAUCCACAGUAGAAACUCCUGUAAAACCCUCAAGUGUCCUAAAUGCAAUUGGCACUACAAGUACCAGGAGACGCUCGAAAUUCACAUGAAGGAAAAGCAUCCGGAGAGCGAAACCUCUUGCAUUUACUGCAUAGCUGGACAACCUCAUCCUAGGUUAGCAAGGGGCGAGACCUAUACCUGUGGUUACAAACCGUACAGGUGUGAAGUGUGCAAUUACUCAACAACUACUAAGGGAAAUCUCAGUAUACACAUGCAAAGUGAUAAGCACUUGAACAACAUGCAGGAGAUCCAACAGGGUGGAGGUGCUACUAAUACUCCCUCAUCUUCUCAAGAGGCUCCCCUUCCGACUAGAAGUCCUCAUCCACAGAAUCACAGUCCCCAUCUUUGUCAAACCCAGGGUAAACCGAAGCCCACUUUUCGAUGCGACGUCUGUAAUUACGAAACAAGCGUAGCAAGAAAUUUAAGGAUACACAUGACGAGCGAAAAACACACGCACAAUAUGUUGGUACUGCAGCAGAAUGUAAAGCAAAUGCACGCACUCUCAGCUCUGCAGAGUCAUCAUCAGCAGCAACAUCAUCAGCAUCAGCAGCAGCAGCAUCAACAACAACAGCAGCAGCAACUCGAGCAGUUGAUACAUCUUGGUGGUUUGGACAAACCUCAACAUGCUGAAGCAGCUCUAGCAGAUAUGGCAUACAAUCAAGCUUUAUUGAUACAAAUGAUGACUGGUGGACAGCUACCUCCCCAAUUGCCUCCAGAACUAAUGGGAGGUAUCGGUAUGAAUGCUCUAGGAAACCUUGCUGGGGAUGUUGGACUGUCUCCAGAGAGCAUGGAACCACCACCGGAACCAGCAGAUCCCGAUCCUACCCACCUCUACCAUUGUUGUGUCUGCAACAAUUUCGCAACCGAUUCUUUAGAAGCUUUGGGACAUCACUUAGCCGCUGACAGAACGAGAACCCGCGAGGGAGAAAUUCUUGCCCUCGUUGCUGGUCAUUUCGUCUGCAAACUUUGUUCCUACAAAACCAAUCUGAAAGCUAACUUUCAGCUACAUUGCAAGACUGAUAAACACUUGCAGAGGCUGCAACACGUUAAUCAUGUGAAAGAAGGUGGUCCCCGAAAUGAGUGGAAACUUAAAUACCUCGCGUCUCCGACAAGUGCGGCUCAACUUCGUUGCCAUGCUUGCGAUUACUAUACAAAUAGUGCGCAUAAACUUGCAUUACAUGCGGCUUCUCCGAGACAUGAGGCAGCCGCUCUUCUGCUCCGGCAUCUUUUGGAAGCUAGUUCUAACGUACCGUCCGUGGCGAAGCUUUAUCACUGCGCUCUCUGUAUGUUCAGUGCGAGACAUAGACUGCCCCUGUUACAACAUGUAAGGUCUUUAAGACACCUUCAGAUGGAGCAAAUGCAUCAGAUUCAUAGAAGAAGCAGUAUUCAGGGCAACGAAACUCCUCAUACUGAUAUUGGAGAUGUUUUCCAAGUCGUACCAGAUCCAGAUGUACCCAUUCAACAAUCUAGCCCUACGACUCCAAAUGCCGCAAACACAAACAAUGAGCGGCGAGAGGAAGGCAGCGAUUGUGGGAGUGAGGUGAAACAGGAACCAGAAAAUGAACCAGAGCAAGACCAGGAACAAGAAGUAGAUUCGGAGGAGGUCACUUGUCCAUUCUGCACCUACCAACCAACAUCCCGAGAUGAAUUAAGGCAACACAUGCAGGUCGCUCACGUACAAGAUUCAGAAGAAAAACCAGAGAUGAAGGAAGAACCGCAACCAGAAUUGCUUUGUCCGCUCUGUCAAGAUGGUUUCAAGGAGAGAUCAGCUCUUGAGAAACACGUCAUGCAAAUCCAUUCCGUGAACGCUGACGGGCUUCAGAGGCUUUUAUUGCUGGUAGAUCAGAGCCACUGGUUAAAUAACAAUCCAAGGAAUACAUCAACACCAGCCGCAACUCCUACUUCUCCAAAUGCAAUAAUGAAACAGCAGGAAGAAGAAUUGAGUGAACGUGGUGCAACGGAAGAAGUUGAUGAAACAGCGAGAUGCACAGUUUGUGGAAGAGUUUGUAGAUCUCUGGAGGAACUUCAGCAGCAUCAUCGAGAAGCUCAUCCAGCUACAACUCCAACCCUCGCAGUCAGUGAGAAGCAUGUUUACAAAUACAGAUGUGGGCAAUGCAGUCUUGCCUUCAAGACUCUGGAGAAGCUUCAACAACACUCUCAGUAUCACGCCAUUCGAGACGCGACAAAGUGUGCACUUUGUGGACGCUGCUUUCGUUCCGUUCAGGCUUUACAGAGACAUCUGGAGUCAGCUCACGCAGAUCUUCAAGAAGAUGAGCUUGCUCAGUAUAAGCAGAGUUUGCUUCAUGCUCAUCCUUUGCUUCAAGCUCUUACCGAAGAAGCCUUAAGGCGUCAAGGUAGCAUGAUGGGUGAGCAAAACCAAGAAGAUGAAACUAGAGCAGAUGAAGAAGAAAGUGACGCUAGUGAUUCUUCACCUCUGCAUAAAGAACAGAGGCUUCUGGAGGAUUAUCUCAACAGUCAGCCAGUUGCGGAAGAUUCCUACAAUGAAUCUGGAAGGAGAUUCAAGUGUCACCGCUGCAAAGUAGCUUUCACGCGUCAGAGUUACCUCACCGGACAUAACAAAACACUCUUGCAUCGUAAGGGCGAGAAGAUGUCCUAUCCUAUGGAAAAAUACCUAGAUCCAAACCGACCUUUUAAGUGUGAUGUCUGCAAGGAAAGUUUUACGCAAAAGAAUAUCUUGUUGGUCCACUACAACAGUGUUAGUCAUUUGCACAAAUUGAAGAGAGCUGUACAAGAACAGGGGAAUAACAACACUCUUAUUUCUGUCGCACUGCCGGCUAGUCCUACCGAUCCUGAACAACAUGAUCAGGAUAAGAAACCCUACAAAUGUAACAUUUGCAAAGUAGCCUAUUCUCAAGGAAGUACUUUAGACAUUCACAUGAGGAGCGUUCUUCAUCAAACCAGACAUGGUAAACUUCAGGAACUGGCUGCCAGUGGUCAUGUGGAUUUGGGUCGACCUCUUAUUGAGCAACCACCUUCGAGCCCAAAAAGUCCUCCAUCUAAUACAAAUACAAGUAAUAUGCUGUCGUGUUCACGUUGCAGUGCUCUAUGUGUGAAUCAAGAACAACUCGCUACUCAUCAGCAACUUUACUGCAUUUUCAGCAACCCAAUUGCUCUUUUUCAACAAUUAGCUGCUUCCCAACAGAUGGUUGCUCCUGAUAAAACUCCUCCACCUACAUCAUCGACUCCUGGUGCUCAAAUGCAACAGCAAACUCAACAAUCUCAAACUUCACAAGAUAUCUUUCCACCAAAAAACAAAUCGCACAUAUACAAGCACUUGUUGGAAAGUUUUGGAUUUGACCUUGUUAUGCAAUACAACGAAAAUCAUCAAAGGCGUCAGAGAAAGGAAGAAGAAGCGGCUGCAGCACUUCAAGCUCAACAAGAAAUACAGAAGCAGGAACAACAAAAGCAAGCUUUGGCUACUCAGGCAGCUCAGGAAAAAGAAGAGGAGAUUGAAGAGGAUGAUGUAAUACCCGAAUUAACUCGGAGUACUUGCCAGCACUGCAACAAGGAAUUCAGUAGUGUUUGGGUCUUGAAAGCUCAUUGCGAGGAAGUCCAUCGUGAUUUGGUUCCACGCGAAUUUUUAGAAAAAUACGCACAACAGUUUAAAUGCGAAUAUGAAAAGAAGACCGUUGUUGUUACAUCCGCGACUUCUUCCUCAACUACAACUGCACCAAGGAGUACAACUCCUGGAUCUAAUCAAGUUGCAUCCACUCAAGCUGUAUCUAAUCAAGCUGCAUCUAAUCAGCCUGGAUCUAAUCAACCUGUAUCCAAUCAGCCUGGAUCCAAUCAAUCUGGAUCCAAUCAACCUGGAUCUAAUCAACCUGGAUCUAAUCAAGCUGCAUCUAAUCAGCCUCAAGAUCUCAGUUCCGAGAAGGAACCACAACAAAAUGAUAAGGAAGAAUCCGAGAUAAAGGAGAAUGUCAGUAGAACUCCUGAAGCGACUUCAACUACUCCAGCUACUACUCCAGCACUGAGCAAUACGCCAGUAUCUAGCACAGAUUCGACGCCAACUACUCCUGCCACAAAUACACAGCAGCUUACGCAACAACAACAUCAGCAACAGCAACAGCAGCAACAACAGCAGCAGCAGCACGCUCAAAUAGCAAUGAAUCAACAAUUUAAUGAAGUUCAAGCUGCAAUUAAUGCAAUGGCUGCUUCACAGUUGCAACAGCAUCUCCAACAGUACCCUGGAUUGAUGAUGGGAAUGAUGGGACUUCCACUGGGGCUUAAUGUUCCUGCUUUAGCAGCAAUGAAUCUUCAGCCUCCUUUGGUACCAAUGAUGUUACCACCUCCACCGUAUGACGGUGCUGCUGGUGCAUACAAUACCAUGAAUGCUCAAGCCGAUCUUCUAGCCAAACAGCAUCUUGCAUUGCAACAACAACAAGCUGUGGCAAACGCAGCCGCAUCGCAAAAACGAGCUCGCACUCGUAUCACCGAUGAGCAACUGAAAAUAUUAAGAGCACAUUUUGACAUCAACAACUCGCCAGGCGAGGAACAAAUAUUAGACAUGGCAGCACAAAGUGGUCUUCCUCCAAAAGUAAUCAAACACUGGUUUAGAAAUACUCUCUUCAAAGAACGUCAACGCAACAAAGAUAGUCCGUACAAUUUCAACAAUCCUCCAAGUACGACCUUGAAUCUCGAAGAGUAUGAAAAAACUGGCGAAGCAAAAGUGACGCCACUGAACUCUAGUGUGUCCGGAAGCAGUUCUGAUGACAAGAGUCCAAAUAAACAAGCUUCUCCACCACCACCAAUGCCAACCAUCAUUACUCCGCAACCACCCGAAAUAAAACAGGAACUACCAGAUCCAGUUCAGUGCCUCCAGCAGCAGCAACUGGAAGAACAGCAACACCACUCUCCAGGAAGUUCCGGCGACCAGCAGUCUCGACCACAUUCUCCAGCUCUUAGCAUGAGUUCAGUAUUUUCCGGGCUUCACCACGACUUAUCCUCCCAUGGCCCAACUGCUACUAGUGCUCCCAGUACUCCAAUGUUACCACCAAAGUUGACACCCCAAAACUUUGGCAGCCAAACACCCGGUGUUAACAUUCCUACUUCUAUUGCCGCAUUGGCCUUGACCCCUCAAAGAUCUCUGAGCCCUGGUAGAGGACCAGCCGAUUAUUCUUUCGGUGGAAAUAGUAACGGGAGUAAUUCUUCGGGAGGAAGCUCCGGAAAACGUGCAAAUCGCACAAGGUUCACCGACUAUCAAAUUAAAGUCCUCCAGGAAUUCUUCGAAAAUAAUGCAUAUCCAAAAGAUGAUGAUUUAGAAUACCUCAGCAAGCUCUUGGGACUUAGUCCGCGUGUGAUUGUGGUGUGGUUUCAAAACGCGAGACAGAAAGCAAGAAAAGUGUACGAAAAUCAGCCUGCAGCAGAGCCAGUUACACCCGGAGGUCGAGAAGGUGAUGAUGGAUCCGGUAGAUUUCAAAGAACCCCUGGACUUAACUACCAGUGCAAAAAGUGUUUACUAGUGUUCCAGCGAUACUAUGAGCUUAUUCGUCAUCAGAAGACUCACUGUUUUAAGGAAGAGGAUGCUAAGAGAAGUGCGCAAGCUCAAGCGGCUGCAGCUCAAGUCGCUGCUGUCCUCAGUUCGGAAGAUAGCAAUAGCAGUUCUACUACUACGACAAAUGCAGCCUGCAAUAAUCCAUCAACUACUCCAGCCCUCUCUGAGCAGUUGCAGCAACCGUUGAUAUCAACUACGCCUCCACAUCAGCAACCACAGCCAAAUCUCUCACAGCAAGUUCAGCAGCAGCAGCCUCAGUCAGAGUCUAAAGAAGGUAGCUUUCAGUGCGACAAGUGCAAUCUGAUGUUCGGGAGAUUCGAAUUGUGGCGCGAACAUCAACUGGUACAUAUCAUGAAUCCGUCACUGUUCCCGCCGGCCUAUCCACCGGAUUCACCAUUUGGUAUACUGCAGCAACAAGCCCUGCAUGCUACCACUGGCGUCGCAACGGACGCUCCCCAUCCUCUGAUUGCCAUUAUGCAAGAGCGAAAGCGAAAAUUUGAGGAAUUUGACGAUGGCACUGUUGAGACUCGUGGCAGCGAGCACAACGAUCAACCCAAGGAUAAGAGACUUCGCACAACGAUUCUUCCCGAGCAGCUGGACUAUCUCUACCAAAAGUACCAAGUGGAAUCCAACCCUUCUCGAAAAAUGUUGGAAACAAUCGCCCGUGAAGUUGGACUGAAAAAACGUGUUGUGCAAGUGUGGUUCCAGAACACUAGAGCACGCGAGAGGAAAGGUCAAUUUCGUGCUCACAGUCAGGUGAUAAACAAGCGCUGUCCAUUUUGCCCAGCGCUCUUCAAGGUCAAGUCUGCCCUGGAGUCUCAUUUGAGCAGUAAACACGCAGAUCAGGUGGCACGAGGCGAAGUGAAUAUUGACAACAUCCCAGAUGAAGAGCUCUCGAUGGAUUCUGCACCUUCGAAUCCUAGCACACCUAACAUGAUGCCACCCCUCUUUCCACCAUUCAAUACGGAUAUGGAGGCCUCCUUAAAAAAGUAUUAUGAAGAGUCUAUGAAGCGAUAUAUAACUGAAAUGCAAGCCCACAACAGCAAUGGCAAACAAGAAACCAGUACUACCCCGAACACUGGAUCUGGAGAGUCACCGUUGGAUCUAAGCAAACCAGUUGAUCUAAGUCGUCCCGUGAAGUUAAGUCUUGGUGGUUUGAGCAACAUUCUUGAAGAACAUGCUCAACUUCGCGGCGGAAGCGAUUGCGGCCCCCUGACUGAUCUCUCCGAAAGGAGCAUCUGCGAUGACGACAGCAUGAGCGAAACAACAGAGUUCCUUGAUGAUGAAAGCGGACCAGCUAGUCCGGCUUCCAGCACACAAAGUUCUCGUCAAGGAACUGCCGGCGGAGGAAGCAUCAGCGGCGGACCACCAGUUACCGGAGGCGGCCAAGGAGGGAAGAGGUACCGAACCCAAAUGUCUGCAACCCAGGUGAAGGUGAUGAAGUCCCUCUUCUCCGACUACAAGACCCCGACGAUGGCCGAGUGCGAGAUGCUUGGACGGGAGAUCGGACUUCCGAAGCGCGUGGUCCAGGUAUGGUUCCAGAACGCACGCGCCAAGGAGAAGAAGGCCAGGCUCGCGGCUGGGUUACCGGCCGAAGGCUCGGCAGUCCAACCGCAUCGAGGACCGACGGGGCCUGACGAGUGCCGACUCUGCUCCGUUCGUUAUUCCCCGAAGUCACCUCUGCAGGAGCACGUCUUCUCCCGGCGGCACAUCGAGUCUGUUCGAGUGGCUGUCGAGGACGGAAGUCUGGUUCCGCCAACACCGGGGGCUCCCAUCCUCCCCGGUGGUACAACGGCGGGACUCGCUGGAGCCAAUCCGGGACUCGCAGGAGCCAAUCAGCAGGGCAAUCAGGCUGAUGAAAACAUGAUGUACGGAUCCCUGUUUCUCCAUCCCACUGUCAUGUUCCAGCAGCAGCAACAGCAGCACACCAGUAGCGCUGCGGCCAGCACAGCUACCACCACGGCCGGUGAGUGUCUGGCUGACCUCUUAGAUUCUUAAGUGCCCGAAGCUCGUGCCCUCGGAAUUCAGACGCGACUAACUAAUUUAACUUGAUGAAUCUUUUCAAAACUAGCAUCCUACUUUGAUCAGUAUCCUAUUUUGAUCAGCAUCUUAUUUUGAUCUUGAGUUUAUCGAAUUGCGAGUGCACGCGCAAGCGUUACGUGUCGUGUACGUCUCGUGGAUCAUGUUUGUAUACAUUACUAUAAAAUUGGGCCCGUGUGAUACUCUAGGGGGUCCACAAAACUAUUGUGUUUAUAUAGAAUUCUAAAUAACUUUUAUAUAGUUCGAUUAAUAUAUCCAGAGCUAGGCAAUACUGAAAGUUCCUAUCAGAUGACUAUUCUAGCGUAAAGAGAGAGAGAGAGAGAGAGAGAGAGAGAGAGAAAGAGAGAGAAUGAAAGAAAAAGAGAGAGAGUGAGUGAGACAGAGAGAGUGAGAAAUAAAUAGGCGAAAUCUAAACGUUGAGAAGCGCGAAGCUUAUUAGGAAAUUAAUCUUUCGAUCGUUGUAAACGGGAGAUUUUUUGCAUUAAGUUACUGUACAGUAAAGACUAUUAGAAAUCAAUACGACUUUAUUAUAAUAUUUUGAUAAUGAAUCAUAAAGCCACUCUAGGUCGAUUACUACUCGAUGGUUUUGAUUCAAUAGUAUAGCCAGGAAGAACGGAGGACAGACUGUAUUGCCUUUCAUGCCGAUGUAAUGUAGCGAAUACCCCUUUUUUCCAAUCGACGCCGCGAGCCCCCAAAGCCAUUAUAUCGUGUCAUUUGUUAUAUACUUUUUCUUCGUCUCUCGUACGAUUACUGUAAAUACCUCACAAGCCCCGCUCCUAUCUGGGGCCCGGGUGGGGCCCUCUUUCGAUAAUUGGUCCCGAUUCUGGCCCCCUAACUCAACUCGACAGUUGCGCUUUUUAUCCCAUCGAAAAGAGGCUGCUCAGGCAAAGCUUACACGACUUAGUUAAUUAAAGUGUCGAUUUUUUAGUUUUUUUAUUCCUUGUCUUGUUUAUAGAAACCACCUUUCAAGGGGAGGUCGCGGAAUUCAGACACUAGGGCUUUGGGGGGUGAAAGUAGAUAAAAAAAUAUUAGAUACGUUUUUUUUCUUCUGAUUCAGCUAGCUUUAGUUUCGGAGUUAUCGAGGUUUGAGUAUUUGGGCGCGAACGAUAGGAGUGAGCGGUCGGCGUGAGCGUGGUGCUUGACCUUGAGCAAGUCGCAGAAAUACUUAAACCUCGAUAUCUCGGAAAGGAAGGCUCCUAGGACCGAAAGAAAAAAUACGGGUCUAAUGGAUUUUGAUCUGCUUUCUCCCUGUAAAUUUUCAGUUUAAUCGGCGUGCCGCAUUUCGCGACCUCUCCUUGCUAGACAAUUAUUUGUAUGUUUUAUCUUCUAAGUUUAGAAAGGGGUACUUUUUACUUUCCACAAAGUGCAAGUAAACGCAUUUAUCUGAAAGGCGUUAAUUUUGCGAUUUUUUAGAUUUAUUUUGUGUUUUAGAAUUGGUUGAUUUUAUUUUAUCGUUUUGAUGGUGCUUUCUGGCAUGAAGCUUUGCCUGAACAAUCAAAUAUUAAAAGCACUACGUAAUCGGGUCAUGAUGGGAUUUGCUCUCAUUGAUCUUAAUCGCUAUUAUUAUUAAUUAUUAUUGUUUUAAAAGUUAGUUAUUUAUGAGUUUCUUUGUGAUCGCCGCAACCUCGCCAGUGCGCGAAUUUUCAACGGAAAUCCGAACUCGGAAUGCUCGGUUAAUUUUUUCAAUAAUUCCUUCUUGUCUCGCAGGCGAGGGUGUGGCUCUGCUUCUUCGCUUUUUCCUCCCUGAAAAAAAAACUUUCACACGUACACGUACACAUACACUCACACGCGUACAUGACCGAUUAGCGACAAGAGAGUUUCGGAGAUUUACAAUCAAGCGAGUAUCCAAAAAAUACUCCAAAAGUUGGAAACUUAAAAAGAAAUGAUUAAUUUUAAUUAUUAAUUAACCUGUGUGUAUAGAAUGAGUAUUUAUUGUAUUUAAAAGUUGAGAAUUUGAUACGCACGAUUUCAGCUUGAAAUCAAGAAUUUUAAAUAAUUGAGUGCAUUUUUCGAGUAUAUUUCUCUAGAACCCUCAAGUUUCCGAUCUUUUGUAGUUUUAAUUUGAAAAGUUUUUGUCGUUUUAGUGAGGAUUUUUAAUUGUAAAUUUUUGACACUGCGUCGCUAAAUCCCUCCUCUUCCUUCCUCAAAGUUAUGUAUGUCGGUCCCACUACUCUUGUGUAAAUAGUUUAUUAUUAUUUUAUAUUAUUAAUAUUAUAUUAUUUUCUUCCGUUCUAGUCUAAAAUAAAGCUAUACUGUCGCAAGAUUA